AUGGCGACCAACGUCGUGGUGAUAGCCACCGACCUACGGCGAGCUACUAUCAAAGUCAACCCUGGAACCUACCUUAUUGAUGUAUUGGAGGAAGCUUGCAGAAGACUCAACCUUUCUAGUGAUAAAUAUCUUGUCAAACACCGACAAAAAACAGUGGAUUUAUCUGUCCCCUUCCGAACGUCUGGUCUGUCACCAGGCGGAAAACUUGAACUUGUCCAAAAGUCGAAAACACCUUCUGCUAUCCAAGUCGCCCUCCAAGUUCCUCCACCCGAGGGUCGCGAAAUACCCGGUGGCCGUUUGAUUCAAAAGUUCCCCAGCGAUCUCACCAUAUGGAAGGUUCUCCGCCAGUUCGAAAGCGGAGAGGCCAGCAAUGGAAGGAACAUCAAUAUUACCGGCCGCGGAAUCGCGCAAAUGAGUGGUGAUACAGGGAGCGGUGGUGGACAGCUUUACUACGAAACACCGGUUCUCAACAUUAUGGGACGAGAGCUUGCAACCUUUGCCGAUUUCCAGAAGACCCUAUCGCAACUGGGAUACAACUCAGGGAGUGUCCUGAUUCGAUUGGACUACCGAAAGACAGACAAAACACUUUACGAUGCAAUGACAGAAAUUGGCCAGUUCUUCAAAGACACCGAAGAUGAAGACCUGAAAGCAGAAGCUCCAGCUGCAAAGGUAGAGAUAGCCGCAGAACAAGGGACACAGAAACCAGAAGAGCAAGCCCAAAGGGAGACACAGGACUCGCAGAUGACGGAUGAUCAAGUAGAACAGACACAUGAGCCAGCCCCCAUCCAACAAGAAACAGGGCCCAAGGCUACUGAUGAGGAUGACAUGGACAUUGACUCUUCUCGGCCCGGAGAUCCUCUGGCACCCAUCAACGUUUUCCUUGCCCCUUCAGGAUCAACGCCUGCUGCAGCCUUAGCUCCCGCUAACGACGCUGACUUUGCACCUACAAUCGCUCAUGCGCAACUCCAUCAAGCUCGGCUUCAGGGGGAUUCGAGGAACAGGCGUCUACUAUCAGAUCGUGAAUUGGAAGAGAAGGCUGCUGCAGAGGCCGCAAGGAUCAACGCAAUCAAAUCUAUUCUCGUCAAAGUUCGAUUUCCGGACAACACAAGUAGCGACUGGGAAGUAAGUCCCUCUCACAGUGGCCAGUUCCUCUACGAUGCUGUUCGGCAUGUUAUGGCCCAUAACAAUCAACCUUUCCAUCUUGUUCUUCCUGGGACCAAGAUUGUGAUCAAAGACGAUCCCAGUCCCAGCAACGGAUUGAUCAAGGCGUAUAAACUAUCUGGGCGCACUUUGAUCAACCUGGUCUGGGACGAUGCUGUACCAUCAGCCGUGCGGAAGGAGCCAUUUCUCAAGGCCAACAUUGCUCAAAAGGGCCAGCAGGUCAAGGUGCCUGAGCUCAUCGCCUCGAAUGAUCAAGAAGAGGAAGUACCUGUUACUCGGCCAGCACAAACAGAGAAGGGCGAGAGCUCAGGAGAGAAGACUGGCAAGAAGAUACCCAAGUGGCUCAAGCUGGGCAAGAAAUAG